AUGGCGCAACACAAUGACGAGACAACUAUUUGGCAAGGAACAACAUGGCCUCUUGGUUGUUUAUCUCCUUUAUGUUGUAGUUCGGUUCGUUGGAGAAUAACAAACAAAAGAAUUGACUCCACUUCGGGUUGUUGUGGCUCGACUGAACACACCGUGGAUAUUCGCCGGAUUACCGAUUUGGGAUUUCAUCGAUCAUGCCUUCAAAUGCUUUCUGGUCGCGGAACCUUAACAAUUCAUGUUGC